AAAAGGAGAAAGACUAUUGUAUACAUCAAAAGACGGUUACGGUCAAUAUAAUUUAAUGGAUCCUUAUAAACUCAAAACCCCAAAAAGUGCGAGCAAACCUUUUAAAAAAGAUGAAACUCAGAUUCAGGAACCAUACAUAAUUCGAUCGGAUAAAAUAUCAGAUAAAAUAAUUUAUACGAUUGACGGAAAAGUGUUUAUUGAGAAUUUAGUACCUGAUAAUUCUGGUGACUGGAAAGAAUAUGAAGGGGAAUUAUUAAAAUGGAGAUUAGAAGAAGAUGAUGGAUCAGUCAAACUUACUGUAAUAGAUUAUAAUCUUCGCAAGAAACAAUGGAAUCCAGAUGAUAAAAAAAAGAGUCUGGUUAUUCUCCCAUCAUUUUACCAAAAUGGAAAAAAUUUUAUACUGCAUUGUGAAGUUCUUGAAAAUGAUGAUCUCAUUACGAUUACACGUAUUGGUGUAAUAGUUUGGUCUUAUAAAUUUCUUGAAAUUAAGAUGCAUUAUUAUUGGAAUUAUUGGAAUGGUCGUUUAGAAGAUUAUGAAACAAUCUUUAUAAAUCAUGGUGUUAAAUUCGGCAAAGAAGGAAUACAGCUUUUCAAGACAUUUUUGAAAGAUAUCUUUGAUGAAUUUUAUUUAACUUGCUAUGGAAAAAUUCUCAUGAAAACAUUUAUUAAAUUAAAGUUUGAUGAAUUAGUUCAAGUUUUAGGCAACUACUGUAUGGAUAUGUUUAUACAAGAUGAUAAUCAUUUGAUUUCUAAAAUUUCUUUGUUGAGUAUUAUUUUUGAAAAUUUUAAUGAAUUAUCGGAAAAUCAUCCUGCAUUUAUAUCAAGUGCUUUAUCCCAGAUAGAAUUUGUAGUUCCUUCUAAUUAUAUAUUUCCAUACUCUAUGUCUUCGCAUCUUUCCAGUUAUGGAAGAUACUUUCAUUUAUCUAAAACAUCAUUUCUUGAUAUAUUAACAUCUAAUCUUUGGAUUCGUUUUCAAGAAAAUUUUCAAACCAAUCAUAGUUCAACAAUACUUGCAAUUCCUCUACCAGGUUUCGUUUCUUAUCCAAAAGAUUAUAAAUUUUGGCAGGAACUAUUGUUACCUAUUCCCAAUCCGUUUACACUAGCUAAGAGAGCAUUUUCGUUUUUGGCAAUAAUGGGAUUUAUUAUAUUUGCUUUUGCACAUUCAUUCUAUCUUUUAUUACGUUAUUCCACUAUUCAGAAUGAUCCGCUGAACUCAGUUACAACUUAUAACACCACAGAUCCUAAUAACGCAAUUGAAGGCAACUCUUUACUUACUGAAACUCAUACCGAGACUAAAAAUAUGUUUAUGAUAAUGGGCUCAGCAAUUUCAGCUGUUUAUCUUAUACUAACAGCUAAACUUUGCAAUCUUAUAACUGAUAUCCAAAAUGAUAAAUGGUCAGGUUAUACAUACAUUUCAAAGAAUCUUAAAAAAGUUCUACUCCCUGAUGAAGAGCCCACGCCCACUCUUGCACAAAUUAAGUAUGAACUGAAAAAUGAACUGAAAAAAUCAGAAAUAGACAUUUGUAUACGAAUUGAUAAUGCUAUUGGAGAGCUGAAAAAAAAAAUAAAUAAUAUGUCUAAUUUAAAGUAG